GAAUCAGCUUCUCACCAACCACAUCUAAACGCCAUGAGCUCCCUAAGUACUAGCUUAGGCGGUGUCGCGAACCGCAUGGACUGGCUCUAUGUCUACAUCGCUGGCACUGCUUUCCUUGUCUGCGGCUUGGUCGCCGUCGUUCUCUUAGUAUCCUCUCAAAAGCAGAAGGCCGAAUUUAACAAAAGUGGUGGCCUCUUGACCUAUCUGAAUUUCAUCUAUGCCACAUUCCUCAAGCCCCAUGACAAAACUGGGAAUGGUCAACAGGACGCCUUGGAGAGCUUCUACAAGACACAGGCUGGCGCGUACGAUGCCACGCGCAAGCGCCUUCUACGUGGCCGAGAGGACAUGCUUGGUCUGACUGCGGCCCAGCUGAAGUUUAAGGCGGAGAACAAGGAACUUAAAGCUGGAAAGGCAGUUUGGGUUGAUAUUGGCGGUGGGACUGGAUACAACAUCGAAGCUAUGUCAGCUUUCUUGCCCGUAAACGAGUUCUUUUCCCAUGUCUACCUGGUCGACCUUUCCCCUUCUCUUUGUCAGGUAGCUCGUGAACGAUUUGCGCGAUUGGGGUGGAAGAACGUCAGCGUCGUCUGUCAAGAUGCACGGUCUUUCCGCUUGCCGGACGCAGACAGCGUUGACCCACGGACGAAGACCACCCCGGGCGCAGAUCUCAUUACUAUGAGCUAUAGUCUGUCUAUGAUUCCCGAUUACUAUAGUGUCGUUGACUCCCUCCCGGCGCUGUUGAAGCCGUCUGGAAUACUGGGAGUUUGUGAUUUCUAUGUUCAAAGCAUCGUGGAUGUCUCGUCCCGCAACUAUACCGGGGGCGCCUUCAACCGUCAUGUCAACUGGCUUGGCCGGGUGUUCUGGCGUGCUUGGUUUGAUGUGGAUCGUGUGAGCCUCGAGGCUGCCCGCAGGGAUUACUUGGAAUAUCGAUUCGGAACGGUAGUCUCCGCCAGUGAAAGAAACUACCUCCUCGGAGGAAUCCCGUACUACAUCUUCGUUGGAUGCCAGAAGGAUAUCACCUCGAGCCAAUCCGGCAGGGAGGCCAUUGAAAAGCUGGAUGCAUCCUUCACCGAAUCGCCGUACCUUUCUCCCGCCAACCAUCGUCAGGAGAUGGAUAAAGCGAUUGAAUUGAGUGCACAAGAGGUACGCUCCAAAGCGUACGAGUCUGCCGUCAUCAAUCUGGGCUCGAACCUCCCCCUUCCAUCAUCUUUCUACCAAAACCACCACUACCGGAUAUUCUACAACGACCUGCUUCCCAAGCACACACAGUUCAAGAACGAAUAUAUCUACGCUUUUAACUGGGAGGACCCUCGUGUAGAUCACCGUCUGCUUGACAUUAAACGAGACGACGUGAUCCUGGCGAUCACAAGCGCAGGGGACAACAUCUUGGACUAUCUUCAGAAGAGCCCACGACGCGUGCAUGCCGUUGACUUGAACCCCAACCAGAAUCAUCUCCUUGAACUCAAGGUUGCAAGCUUCACUGCCCUUGGUCACCGUGAUGUCUGGAAGAUCUUCGGCGAAGGAAAGCACCCUGAAUUCCGCCAACUUCUCAUCUCGCGCCUGAGCCCACACCUCUCAAGCCAAGCAUUCCAGUACUGGCUUGAGCAUGCUCAUAUCUUCACAUCUUCUUACGGCCGAGGUCUCUAUGAGACUGGAGCUCACGCCACGCAAUUAAGAUGGUCCACUCUCGCCGAGCAGCGUGAAAUCUGGCCGCGUAUCCGCUCGGUCUUGAUGAGCAAGCCUCUUCACUGGGCUGUCGUCGGAACCGAAUGGUUUGCGUGGAAGGCCGCAGGCGUGCCUCGGAAUCAGCGAAACAUGAUCAUUGACGAUUUCUUCAAGCGAAACGGCCUCAACCAGGACAUGAAGCAGGCCAAGGAUAUCAGCGGCCAAUCAAUUUGGGAAUAUGUGGUGGAUACGCUUGACCCCGUUGUCAAGGACACUUUGAUCAGCAACGAUAAUUACUUCUAUUUCCUGUGUCUGCAGGGGCAAUUCUCCAGAAGAUGCCACCCCACCUACUUGUCUCCCAAAGCGCACGUGAAGCUGUCCUCCCCCGGGGCCUUUGACGGUCUUCGCAUCCACACCGAUGAGAUCAACGAAGUGAUCAAACGGAUAACACCGGGCAGCCUAACCAUUGCCGUGGUCAUGGACUCGAUGGAUUGGUUCGACCCCGAAGGUAACGACGCCUCGGUGCAGGCACAGAAGCUGAACCACGCUUUGAAAAUGGGCGGUCGUAUAUUGCUCCGUUCGGCGAGUAUCGACCCCUGGUACGUGCGACACUUCGAGGAGAACGGCUUUUCUGCGCGACGUGUCGGCGCCCGAUUCCCGGGAACAUGUAUUGACCGGGUGAACAUGUAUGCCUCGACGUGGAUCUGCACCAAGACCAAGGAACUGGAAACGGUGCGACCAACGGCCGAGCGAUCGAUCUCUCUACUGUCGCUGAAUGAGAAGCGAUCGAGUGUGGAGCAUCUUGACCUAUGA